AUGGACGACCCUAUCAGUGAGGAGACUAGCAACAACAACAUCAACGAUGACAUUAUAGUAGAGUCAUCAUCAAAGAGCAUUGACAAUGAUGAGGUGGUCGUCGCUGAAGAAUCAUCAUCAUCUUCAGCUUCAGCUUUACCUCUACCUUUACCUUCCCUUGAGAGCAGCACAAGUACUAGUACACCAACAACAACAACAACAGAGACACCAAACAAUAAUAUAUUAAAGAUUGUAGAAUUAUUAAAUAAUGUAACACUAUCAUCAAACAACAAUAACAUUCAAUCGAGUGACAAUAGCAGUAACCAUUCAGAUCAACAAUACACAUUAUUCAAAAACUAUGUAAAGGGAUUGAAUGAUAUGACGUAUCAUCGCAUGUUGUCUUGUCAAUCGGCCAUUAGAAACUACCGCAGAUCGUAUACUGCGUCGUUGGGGCCGUCUGACAUGCUCAAGAAUGCUCGUGCCAUCUAUGACAACUAUUUGGACAAGUCUUUGAUUCCACUCGAUUCAUCGUUGAGAGCUACCGUCAAAUUCCUCGCUUCCCCACUCGGCGGCUCUGCCAACUCUUCAGGCACACGAUCAAUCGACAAUAUAUUGAAUAAUAGUGGAGGUGGACUAUUCACAAAUUCUGGUUAUGAAUCUGGUUUAUUCUCUUCUCUCACUUCCCCAACUGAGAGUAAUAAUAAUAAUAAUGAGUCAUCAUCGUCAUCACCAUCAAAUAGUGGAUUUCAACCAAUUAAUAAUAAUAAUAAUACUGUCAAUACCAAUACCAAUUCACCUACCUCUUCCAUUGAUUCAAAUCAAUUACUCAAUGAAAUGGAAAUAUUAAAUCGUAUUACCAUUAAUCUAUUUGAUGCUGUUGAAGAGUAUAUAUUACAAAAGUUGGAAGUUGAAUAUAUAAAGUUUAUCAAUUAUCAACAUUCAAAUCAAAAUAACCAAAAUAACAAUUCAAUUAGUCCUAUUCAAGAUGUCAUUUCACCAUUAUCACCGUUACAACCACUUACCACCACCACCACUACUACUACGACUACAUCAACAUCAACAUCAUCUACUUCAUCAUCAACUUUAUCAAAAAACAAUAUACUUGAAAAUGAAAUAUCAAAGGGACAACAAACAAAUCAUUAUUAUAUAAAUAAUAAUAAUGUACAACAACAAAAGAAAUUAGAUUUUUUUAAAUUGGCAGGAGAAUUGGUAGAGAGAGACAAUUAUCCAAUGUAUUAUAUCGAUAAUUUGACGGGAGAGACUAUCCCAUCGCAAUUGUAUUUGACGACGUUUCGGUUUGUGAUUGUGAGCAAACUGACCAACCAAGAGCUGAUAUCGGUGCCGUUGGCGAUGAUAUACCGUAUCGAUCGCACCAACACGUUCCGUAUCGACCAGGUCAUCUCCAUGUGGUGCAAGGAUUUUAGAAGGGUCGACUUUUUCAUUAUACCACGCGAGGUCUAUCCAUCGGCCGAACCCAGUCCCCAACAAGACCACACUAUCCCAUUGAUCAUGCGAUUACGCUCGAUUGCAUUCCAAGACGCCUCUCAACUAUUUGCCUAUCGUUUCCAAAUGGAUCCCAAGCAAAUGACAGAUGGCGAUGGUUGGAAGGUGUACGAUACAUUCUCUGAAUUUAUCCGUCAGAAUUUAGACUUUCAAUUGUGGCGGCCAAGCGAGAUCAACUGCGAGUAUGCCAAUGCGACGUACCCCAGUCGUCUGUUUGUGCCCUAUCUCAUCGCUAUCCUCGACGCUCUCUACUCGUGUCAGUACGGUACAUUCCUCGGCAACACUGAAAAGGAGCGUGGACAGAUCAAACUACGUACCGUCUCGCUUUGGAGUUUCCUCAAUACUGUCAAACACUAUUUUAUCAACCCAUUUUACAAUGCUGCCAAGACCAGUCACCCCAAAAUCCCCACUGCCCAGACUUGGCGUUCCGAACACAUCCAACUUUGGCGCAACUACUAUCUCCGUUACUGGCGCAACCCUCUCAAGGAACCAGUCUCCUUUAAAAACAUUUCGCUCGACCUCAAGAGUGAAAAUGAAGAGUUGAAAAAGAAAAUUGAAAUGUUGGAAACUUUAAACAGACAAUUAAUUCAACAACAAGUUAAUAAUAUUCAAUCAGAAUUUUCAAAGGAUAAAGAUAAAGAGAAAGAAAAAGAUAAACAACAACAUUCUACUGAUGAAAUAACCACAACCACAACUCCUCAAGAUAGCAAACAACAAUAA